AUGCCAACCCCCGAGUCCGCCUCCUUCCUCGCGAAGAAACCCACCGUCCCGCCAACCUACGAGGGCGUCGACUUCGAAGACAGCGUCGCCGUCCACAACGCUCGUGACGCCAUCAUCCGCGAGCAAUGGGUGCGCUCAAUGAUGUCUAGACUUGUUGGUGAGGAGCUGGGGAAGUGCUAUGCGCGUGAGGGCGUCAAUCAUUUGGAGAAGUGUGGGAAGUUGAGGGAGAAGUACUUUGAACUGCUGAGCGAGCGCAAGAUCAAGGGCUACCUGUUCGAGGAGAAGAACUACUUUGCGUCCAAGUCAACAUAA